AUGCGUUCUCAAUCUCUCUCUCCUAUUAAGGAACACAAACGGAGAUGGCUUGAAACGCAGAUGUUGCCCUCAGUUUCUGUUACUCCUCUCAUGGACAUUGAAACAAACCUCACAGAAAACUGUGCCUCACAGUCACAGCCAAUGGAUUUGCAUGAAAACUACUUGAAACCAAGCAUGGAAGAUCAGCUUCCUUUUGGAACUCCUUCCACGCAGGGUUUCUUGCAAGAUUUUCAUCAUAUUGAUCAUCAGUUUCAUGUGAAUGGCUCCUCAUCAUCCAAUCCCAUUUUUGGGGUGCAAACUCCAAAUUUUGAUCCCUUUGAUCAAAAUGUAACAUGUGAGUCUGCACCUCCUGAUUUUGAAGCUUAUGAGUGCAAGCCCUUAGCUGAGAGUAAUGGUAUUGGACAUGCUCAUCUUAUGAACAAUUUCCAAUAUGCAGGUUACAGUUUGAACCUCCCUCGGACGAAUCAACUGGAUUUGAUGGUUGCAAACCAAAGUUAUAUGACCUUUAAUGCUCUUGAAACCAAGCCUUUGAACUUUGUUGUACCAGAUGAAGUCUCAUGCAUUUCCCCACCAAAUUAUUAUAAGAGAGUUGGCUUGAAUAAAAACCUCAGGGAAUCUCCAAGCACUAGAAGAACAUUCAAGGCCCGGAAGAAGUCCAACAUAGUGAAGGGGCAAUGGACAUCAGAUGAAGACAGAUUGUUGAUUCAACUGGUAGAACAAUUUGGAGUGAGGAAGUGGUCACAUAUAGCUCAGGCGUUGCCUGGAAGAAUAGGGAAACAAUGCAGAGAACGAUGGCAUAACCAUUUGAGGCCAGACAUUAAGAAGGACACAUGGACUGAAGAAGAGGAUAAGAUACUGAUCCAAGCUCAUGCAGAGAUAGGAAAUAAGUGGGCUGAGAUUGCAAAAAAAUUGCCUGGAAGAACUGAGAACUCAAUCAAAAACCAUUGGAACGCAACAAAGCGAAGGCAAUAUUCCAAAAGAAAGUGUCGUUCAAAGUACCCUAGAGGCUCUCUUCUUCAGGAAUACAUCAAGAGCUUGAACUUGGACAAAAAUCCACCUAUAGACUAUCGAAAAAAAUCUGCCAAAAAUGCUAAUGCCAAUACAAACAGCAAUGGCAAAGCAGCAGCUCAGCCCCAGUGUUCAGAUCAAUUUUGUCUCAAUAGCCAGAUGGUGCCAAGGUAUGAUUUUAACGAGGUCCCAGAUUUUUGUUUGGAUGAUAAUUUGUUUGAAGAGGGGUGCAGCAUUGAUUCCCUGCUAGAUGAUAUGCAAAGUGCAUCUACUAUGGAUGAGAAAGGCUUUGAUGAAAAAAUAAUGCAAUGUGCUCCUACUAUGGAGGGAAAACAAUCUCAUCAGGGUGGCAUGCAGUGUGUUCAUGUUGUUGAUGUUGAUGUGCAUCAUGAGACUGAGAUGAUGGCACACACGAAUGGGAUUGAAGUUAAGAAGGAACUUGAUUUCGUGGAAAUGAUGUCCCACAUGAAUGGAAACCAUUAUAGUAUACACUCACCAUGUUGA